AUGUCUUCGACCUCUAGCGAACGUGUUGAGUCUCUCGUGAAGUGGCUACAUGAAAAUGCGUACUGGCGAGAAGAUUUGCGCAUUGAAAGCUCCACUUUUGGUGGUUUAGGUGUAUUCUUACCUAAUGAGCUAGAGAUGGCUGAAGACCCUCUACUUCUUCGAAUCCCCAAGUCCAAUUUGCUUUCACCUAAGAACGCGUCUAUUUAUAAUCUUCUAGUCGAUUAUGAGCCUGAAAAUGACGAAGUCGAUUUGGCUGGUGACAUGUAUGGAGUGAUUAUAUCUGUGAUCUAUGAAGUAGCACUUGGUUCCAAGUCGCCAUGGUAUGCCUAUUUGCAACUGAUCGACAUCGCUGGCUCCUCGGUUCCUGUUUGUCUUUGGAGUGAAGACGACAAGCAGAAUUUGAAAAAUUCGGAAAUUGAUAUGAAAGACUUGCUUCUGGACGCAGAACUUAUAGACUUCUAUAUUGAGGCUUGUUCUUUCGCCUCAGCUCAGAAACUCGUUGUUCCUAUUCCUGAGGUUCUUGAACUUGACAAGAUAGCAUUUGGAACAGACUUGGAUAGACAGGAAGUUGUGGAUACCAUAAAAAAUCAAUAUGGUGACAAACUCACCGCUUUUGGAAGGUACAUUCUGGCUGUCAUAUCCAGAGCUUUCACAAUAGAUGAUUUCCAUGGCUUGGCAUUAGUUCCAGCUGCAGAUUUGUUCAACCAUAUACAACCGUCCAUGGUCGAAGGGAAGAUUCAAGGUAACGAGAAUAUCCAUUUUGUAUGUGAUGGUAACGUAUGUGACAUAUGUGGAGACUUGGAAUCAAAUGUAAAUGAAGAAGAAGACGAAGGAGAUGAUGACGACGACGAAGAAGAAGAAGAAGACGAAGAAAACUCAGACGAAGAAGACGAUAAAGAAGAAAAAAUCGAGGAAAUCACUUUGGAUUAUAUCAAGAAAAUGGAGGAAGAAAUGAAGAAAGAAAACGAAUCAGAAGAAGAUUCUGACACAGAGACAAUGCAAGACCCUGAAGAAGUUUCUACUCUAACGCUUAGCGAAGAUGACGAUCAUCCAGAAUUGGCUGCUGAACUUGCCGAAAGUUCCAAGUGCUGUGACGUUCUCCUUGUCAGGCCACCUGAGAAGCAGUACUCAUAUGAAGUCUUUAACUCUUAUGGUAAUGAAUUAUCGAAUCCUUAUUUGCUUCAGAAAUACGGCUUCAUUGUAGACGACAAUGUCAAUGACUAUUGCUUGCUUUCUGUACAAAUGUUCAGAUACAUCAAAGACAUCAAAUCCAAAAUGUCUAAGGAUAAGGCCAAGCAGUUUGAUGAGAAACUCGACUGGUAUGACAAGUAUGGAUUUGAAAUAGUCAAUGGAUUAAUUUUGGAAGAGAAUCGUAAGAACAAGAGCCAUGACCAUGAACAUGAACAUGACCAUGACCAUAGAUGUUGUGACGAUGAUGGAUGUGAAGAUGGAUGUUGCGGAGAAGAAGAAGAGGAUAUUCCAGAGAGCUGGCAAUUGUCUGUGAGGGUUUACUACAAUGGAGAUAUCCCAAAACAGGUGUACCCCUUGUUGAAUCUACUUGACUUGAGUUACAACGACUUCAAGCGCAACUUCAAGCUGGCCAAGACAGAGAGAAAACGGGAGAAGGUAGUUUCUGAGUUUUUGAUGGCUAGAGAAGAAAAGACUACUGAGUCCUACAAUAAGCUUAUCAAGAGUUGGGCAAAGGACAGAUUGGCACGGUAUCCUGAGCUUGUGGCCAGCCCCCACCGUGAGCUCAUUGAAAGUCUAGUCAUACAGGAGAAGAAGAUUCUUGCUAAGUUUAUUGACAAGCAUUAG